AUAUAUGAGCGCUCGGUAUCGGUCAGUGGGAUAACACGGCGGACGCCAUAUUGGAUUUGGUGGGAAGCAAAAUGAUCCGGACGAUCGUAUUUUUCGGGGCCGGGGGCCUUUUUACAGCUUGCUAUAGUAAUCUUGUGCGCAGAUUACCAAUGUGGAGAAAGCCCAGUUUGCAUGUGGUUGCCACGGCAGUUGGUCUCUACUUAGGAUAUCUAGGACAUCGUUUUGAGGAAACAUCUGAAGAUAGAUACAAAGAAAUGAUCAAGAAACACAAGAAUGCCAAAUGGUUCCCGCAAGGCCAACUUCUAGCUGAGAGAUACGCUAGGGAAAAGGCUAUUUUAGGAGGCAGUGGUGAGGAACCAGAUGAAGAUGAAGAGGAAGAAGAAUAGAUGGAGGAUAAAUAAAACCACAGUGGGAUAUUUUCAGUAAUAUUGAACCUUGUCUUAAAUUGAGUUUUGUAAAUACAGAAGAGCUUUGCUGUUGAUUAUAAAUAAAGUUGUCAACACUUUUCUGAUAGUAAUCUUCAAUAAAAACCUUUAAUGGGAACAUGGUCCCAUUAAUUAAAUUGUGCUGAAGAAGGUUAGUGACUUAGAAUACAAAAUAGCAAAAUCUUAUUUUAUGUCAAUAGCAUGAAGAAGGAACCUUGCACUCUCGGCUAACAGGAUUGAUCAGCAGAGGUCUAUUGCCAGAAUGAGCGACUUGCCUAAAAAAGGCCUGUGAGGGAGGCUAGCAGGCUAUAUGUUACGUCUAUUAAGCUUGUUUGGUAGUAAAAGCUCUAAGCAAAAUGUAAACCUAGAACAGUCUUUUGUUAGUUUUUUAUUUUUAUAUUUUAAACCUUUAGGGUAUAAAUUAAAUACAAUGGCCAUA